AAGCUGCCCCCAGCGCAGGUACUGGCCAACAAUUCCCCAGUCACCACGACACUCUCCUUCUUAUCGGAUCGAAUAUUCCCUCCCCUCGGAUUCAAAUAGUCGCCUAAUACAGUCAGGGCUCAUUGUCGAGCUGCACCAAAGGCGAGCAUGAGGUCCCUCACCUCAAUUCUAUCGGCAGCUGCCUUGUUGCACCAUGUUUCUGCGAACUCGGCAUAUCUCUUUACCAUCGACCGAUCCGUCGUGUCUUCGUCGACCGCCGUGAUCGAUUCAGACUUUGCCAGUGCCAUUAUUGCUCGGAGAAGAUCCCUUACUGCAGAUCGACAUUUGGGACUGUCGAGCGAAAGCGACCUCGAAGAUCUCAAUAACUACGGUGGAUAUCAGCUCCCACUAUUUGGGGCACAAGCUGCCACUGAGGCUCCAGGGAAGCUCUUCAUCAGGAUCCAUGGGGUUGACAUGUCCAUCGCCGAGUUCGACUCAUAUAUGCCCGACCUGUGGAUUGAAGAUGCCGCAAUUGAUCUGUUGACGGAUUUCAAGGCAGUCGACAAUCGCCUGAAAAAGGAUGGCAUUUGUGAAUAUUCCGUUCCUCCCAGCCUCAAUGCACCAGGAAGAAAAGAUGUCGAGGUCAUAUUUUCGUAUCCUCUGGACGGUGAACCUUCAUGCUUGCACGCGUCAGAAAUCCCUACCAUUCCCGUCAUCCUCAGCCUCCAACAUUACCUUCCCACCUCCCCAUCUGAUGUCAAGUCGCAAAUCACCGGUCUUGUCCGAAUCCUCAAACAUCUUUCUGCGACCCAAAAUGUCGAGUCCACACUUCUUCUCCUUCCAACCACCCUGGCCAAAUCAAAACCCCACGCCCACCACAACCAUCACGCACGAUCAGUACAGCUGGAAGAAGAAGAGCCUCUUGAUCUCCCUUUGAUCCCAUUCGAUUCAUCGGUCAAGGCUGCGACUGAUGGUCUGAUUUCCCAAUCCAAUGCCACAUCCAACUUUACACUCCCCCUCACAUUACCCGCUUGCUUUACAAGCCAAGCCUCGUGUGAGAACACGACAAACUUUUGCUCUGGACAUGGAAAUUGCUAUGAGGCCCACAAUGCGUGCUUCAAAUGUAAAUGUGGCAGUACCCUUGCCAGAACCAAUCCCGAUGGGACCAACAAAACUACUCAAUGGGGCGGAGCAGCAUGCCAAAAGAAGGAUAUUAGCGUACCAUUUCUGAUGUUUGCUACGUUUGGCGUCUUUUUCGCAGCAGUCAUUGCUGGUGGAAUCGGCCUGCUGUAUAACAUGGGCAGUGAGCCUCUCCCAAGCGUGAUUGGCGCAGGUGUGGCCGGCCCCAAGGCUGGAAAAUAGUGCGGAUCAACUUGAUUGACCUUGUUGUUUGAGGCGCAAUGGAGGGAGGAGGUAUUUGGCUAGUAGACCAGUCGCCAUGAUCAGAGAGACAAGGAUUGACAAGGUCGCCAAAGGAUGCAAAUCGUCCCACAGUUGUCAGGGAUUUGGCCUUUGGAACAAUGUAUACAGUAGUGUUAUAUGACCACGAAUGAUUUAGAUCAAGGUGUUUCGAUCGUCAAGA